GUAAACUUCAGUGGCCCUCUCAACCCCCAACAACAGCAAAAGCAACCCUUUUGUGUUACUAUGUAGCAGUGUUGAGAAUGGCGUUGUAUACAUUUAUAAUACAGGCAACAAUUAAGUUACUGAUAGUAGCUGAAUGGGAAUGGAGUAAGACGAGCGUGAGAGGAGGACAAGUUCGUCUUGGUGCCUACAAGGGUUCCAAGGAGCGCAUCCACAGGUUUUCUCUGGUCAGGUCUAAUAGUAGUUUUGGACUACAACAUCAGGGUGGCUCAGACACCCAGCUGGUAAUGCAGGUGUUAGCUGCUCUGGACAAAGUCAUUGAUUAUUAUGAGAAAAAUUACGAGUUCAUUAAUUUUGAUGGCAUGUUUGGUGCCAAAGUUGUUGAAGGUCAGCUGAAUCUUUUAGUUGCUGAGUAUAAUAAGGGUUUCUUGAGUGGCAUAAUGGACAGUAUCAUGAAGAACGAUGUCUCAAGAAUGGCAGCCAGAGCAGGACGUGUUGUAAAAUUGGCCGUACCCUACCUGCAUGAAAAGGAUGAGGAAUACAUGAAACGGUUAAAACGGAUGUUCCAGUUGUCAUGGGAUAUUGGACAUUCCCACCGUACUGUUGACAUGUCUCUACUCUGGUCUAGUCAUGUACGUCUUCUUGCCCAGCCAGAAACCCUCAAUGAAGUCGAGAGUGACCAUUGCAUGGCCGAGCUAUUAGAACCAGUUAAUGGGAUGAUGUGCCACAUGACAGAGAGUUGCCAGAGGAUGAUGACCAGACCUGGAAGAGACAAAUAUGCUUUGAAUCAUCAGAUACUUUACACAAUGGUAGCAGAAAUGAGUGGAUGUGGAAGUCGCUUAGAGCAGUGGUUGGUUAAACACAAGCGUAGUGGAAGUGUGGAACAACUGCAAGGAGAGAUGUGCUCCAACCUUUACACUGAUGCUGUUUCACUUGCUACUGCUACAUUCACUGACAACAUUCUUACAUUCAGAGACCUUUUGUUAGAAAUGGAAUUUAUUUGUGGUAUGUUGGGCUAUGUGGAAUUUUUGAAACGAGACUGGCUAACUGGUAUAUUUGAAUGGCAGAAUGAGUUGGGUUGCUUCCCAGCAACUAAACCAUAUCUUACUGUGGGUCGAAAAUUGCUAACAGAGGAAAGGCUUCCAGAUGGGUGCCAAUCACAUUUAACAGCGGUUGCAUCAGCAGCUUUGUCAGUCCACUUGCGUUACUUAUUAUACCCUGGACAUGAGGCAGUAAGAGUUGGAGCAGCUGGUGGAAAAAUUUCCCCUUUACCAUUGGCUCUGCAGCCACCACUUGGGUCUUUCCAAGUUCACACUGGCUCUGGAAUAUUGCUCAAUCAGCCACUCUUUAGGGAUGAUAUUCCUUCAGGGUUGAGUAGGGUGGCUGAACAAGACAAGUCCCUGGAAGACAAGGCUGACAUUGUCUUAAAACAUCUAGAAGAAAUGAAAGCAAGCACCAAGAAGGAAGCCUCCAUAACACAAGCUGCCAUGGCUCUACUGUCCAGCAGACCAGGUGGUGUACCCAAGCACAGUAAUAAGUUUAUCCUUCCUGAACUUGCCCUUCCAGUACCACAUUAUUUAUCUUCCACUGCAUCUGAAACUACUUCUCAUACUUCCAUGGCUCCAUUCUAUUUUGUGAUAGCUAGUAUAGCAUUGGUUAUUCUAGUAAUGCUUAGAUAUGUUCAUGCCAAAAGGAGAGCUCAUUCAAUGUUUAGAAACAGAUUUAGACUUGAGUGAAUGAAAGUUAUCCUUUGAAAGAUUAUUUUGGUACUUGGCAGAUACUUUCGAACAAAUUUUUAUUUUGCAAAUGCCUGUAAAACAAAUUUUUAUUUUGAAUUUUUUUUUUUAAAUGUUUAUAAUAAAAUACUAAAAGACAGAGAUGUAAUUUCUCUGUUUAGUUACUGGUUACCUGUGAACCAGUGGCUGCUACUUUGAUUCCUCAAACGUCUUCCAAUCAUGUGUGUUCUCUGUCAGUGUAUGAUAUGAAAGAUAAUAUUCGUGAGCAUUAGACAGGAAUUCUUUAUCUUACAUAAUUUAUGAUACAUUAGUACCUUUAUUAAUUCAAAUUUUAGUUAUUUUAUUUAUAAAGGUGAGCCAGAAGGCACAAUUUCAUUUGGUGUAUUUGGGAAGCACAAUGACAGUGAACCUCCCAUAAAUUUGCCAGCAGGAAGGGCAACUGGCAUUUAUUUCUUUUUUAGAGGGCUUGUAAAUGCUUUCUUUGUCCCCUUUCCUCACUUUUCCAACUCACCAGACUAGUUAUGAAAUGAUGCCCCUUUAUUCUGUAUUUUGUAUAUAAAUUUACCUAUUUGUAACUAAAUAAUUGUUACAGGAAUAGAGCUUAUGAUAAUGUCCUAUCUUUUAUUAUAUAUUUGUCAUACAAGUUUUUUAAAAUUCCUAAUGGAUUUGGCACACUUUCUUAACUAAUCCCAUUCCAGCAAUUAGCCACUCUGAAAAAAUACUUUUCAGUGUUUUUUUGCACUGCUUUGAAUGCACUGUAGUUUAAUAUUAUGGCUUCUUGUUCUGCCUAUUGCUAGCACCAGGUAAUCAUUGUUCUUUAAAUUUUCACAUGAUUUUAUGACCUUAUAUAGAGUUAUGGUUUUCCAUUCCUUCUCCUGUCUUCUGAGGGUUGGAGCACAUACUAGGUACCUCCUUCCUCUUGGUUUUUAUUCCAGCAAUCUACUAUUCCAUCUUCCUGCCUUUCUUUCAAUUCUGAGAGAUAGAUAGAUAGAUAGAUAGAUUUUUUUUUUUUUUUUUCAACAAGUCGGUCGUCUCCCACCGAGGCAGGGUGACCCAAAAAAGAAAGAAAAUCCCCAAAAAGAAAAUACUUUCAUCAUCAUUCAACACUUUCACCACACUCACACAUUAUCACUGCUUUUGCAGAGACUCAACAAUCAAUAUUUGCACCAAUAACUCAUUACAGUUGUGACCGGGUGUGGAAGUGUGAAUUGCUCAUUACUCUAUAAUUUGUUCAUGAUUGUAGCCAAAGUAUAAACGUAAGUAACCAUUCUACAGAAUUCAUUACCUUUGUAACUUCUGAGCUCAUUACCUUUGUACCUAGUUCAGCUAUCAAAACUUUGGGGGCCCAGUCCCUGGACCCAUUACGUACCUCUGUAAUCUGUAAAUACCUUUGUAACUUGUCAUGAUUGUGACCAGACUUACCUGGAGUUCAUUACCUUUGUAAAUUGUGAGUUCAUUACCUUUGUAAAUUGUGAGUUCAUUACCUUUGUAAAUUGUGAGUUCAUUACCUCUGUAACUUGCUCAGCUAUCAAAACUUUGGAGUCCAGUCCCUGGACCAAUUAUGUACCUCUGUAAUCUUUUGACUACCGCCCACAGGAUGGGUAUGGGGUGCAUAAUAAACAUAUUAAACUAACUUUUGCAGAGGUGCCCAGAAUACAACAGUUUAAAAGCAUAUAUGUAUAAAGAUACACAACAUAUCCCUCCAAACUGCCAAUAUUCCAAACCACUCCUUUAAAGUGCAGGCAUUGUACUUCCCAUUUCCAGGACUCAAGUCCGACUAUAUGAAAAUAACCGGUUUCCCUGAUUUUUUUUUUUUUUUUUUUUUUUCCCACCGAGGCAGGGUGACCCAAAAAAGAAAGAAAAUCCCCAAAAAGAAAAUACUUUCAUCAUCAUUCAACACUUUCACCACACUCGCACAUUAUCACUGUUUUUGCAGAAGUGCUCAGAAUACAACAGUCUAGAAGCAUACACAUAUAAAGAUACACAACAUAUCCCUCCAAACUGCCAAUAUCCCAAACCCCUCCUUUAAAGUGCAGGCAUUGUACUUCCCAUUUCCAGGACUCAAGUCCGACUAUAUGAAAAUAAC